CACAUUCAAAGAUCAGCCAUAGGCCAUCGCUUUUCGACUAUUAAAAGUCUACAACUGGCCACGGAACUCACUUACAGCCAUCCUUGAAAUUUAUUCAGCGUUCAAACGUGUUCCUUUCUCUCUCUGAAGGAAGUUUCUGCGGUACAAAGAAGGCAAUCGAACUGCCGUUGACGACAAAAACGCUAGGUACGUUUCAUUCUUUUUACGGCCGUUCGAUGCAAGUUGGCGAAGUUCGAGCUGCGAGGGCAGAAGAUUUUGAGCAUUUUCGCCGGCUGGCAGAGAGCGUCGAUGGAUGGAAUCUUCAGUACGAUAAACAGGGGACGAAAGUGUUCUCCAAAGUGAAGGAUGGCUCUACAGUUAGGCUCAUAAAGGUAAAGGAAAGCACAUUAUUUUGAUAAGCGACGGCUAAUUUAGACCGCGUAACCGCGGGAGUGUUAAUUUGACUAUUUAACGUAUCUUGAAAGUUAUUGAUAAUACUCGCAGAGAAUUCUCCCCUUUUCUGGUCGGAAUAGAGGGUACAUUUAUCGCAAAGACAGAUCUGUUGACUUGUCGUGGCUGAGAUACCGGAUGGAAUAUUUUUGCGCGCAGGUUGGGAAUAUUGGCAAACCACAUGUUUCUCGACCAGUCUCGACAUUCCAACUUUCUUGAAAACAACCUUAAUGUUUUUGAAAUGAUUGUUGUUAAAUGAGCUUAGGUAUGCUGUCUUGAGGAUUAUUAGCGGUUUAACUUUGGUUCUCUUUCAGUGACCUGGUCCUAAGUGUGUUUCAACGCUUUCGCACUUAGGUUAAGCUCACAUAAGGGUGUACUUGACUAGUAAGCUUAAUGAAUAAACGAAUAUAACCUUUAUCUUUCAAAUUGUUCCUCGAAAUAAUUUUUUUUUCUUCUGCGAAUAGGUUAAAAAUUUUCUGUCUUUGAUAGUCGAGAUUAUUUAAACUUACUUGAACUUAUCUAGCUAAUAAGAGUGAAGAGGGAAAAAGUAACGCGAUGAUAUAAUGCGUGGAAGUCAAUAUAUCAAAACGGUUUGUGGGUUUGGUGGCUUUCAUGUGGCUUUUGAGAAUGUUUCGCCAAAAAAAAAAAAAAAACAAAACAUCAUUUUCAUGCCGUGACUGGUUAAAGAAAGGCCUUUUUUUUGUUGUGAUCGACAUGAUGCAAAAUGGAGUUAUAAAUGAGACUGAAUUCCAAGCUCAUUCUGCUGAAUUUUUUAAACUCUGUCAUCAACUUGUCCAAAUUUAUCUUAUCAUGAGAAUGAAUGGGUCUGCUGUUUUCUUUCAAAUCAAAGAGGUACCUGUAUUUUAUUACCCACUCUCCAGUCAUAACAAACUGUUAUCUAUGAACUUAGUAGUUUAUGCCUGCUUGGUGAGCUUUGGAGCAGAUUCCAUGGGGGGUCAACAAAUGAUUAAUCCCCAGGAUGGGAAAUCGUGAAUUUUAUUAUUUUUCAUUCAAAAUAUUUCUCCAUUUCUAAUUGGCUAAAAACACACGCAUAAUUCAUCAUAACCAGCUACUAUUGACAAAAUUUGGACGAAUUCUGCUAUUAAUCAACUGAUGACGUCAAAAGUGCGGCACAGUUGCAGGUUAAUGCACCGUCAACCAGGAAGACCUGGGAACGAGGUUGAGUUGUUUUGGUUGUGAAAAGAAAAAUGGCUGAACACUCGGCGGAACAUUUAACUCGUUUCACAAUGAACUAUAGUCUAAAAACAUAGCAAGAAGACAACUCCAAGGACAACAUCUGCUAUUUGGAGUAUUAUUUGCAAACCUGAACAGCCCUUUAUCUUCUAAACAUGCACAAUCGAGGUGAACUUAACAUUGACAAAGGUAGCCAUGUUUUUAAACUAGGAAUUAUUUUCAAUGUACAGUAAAGCAAUUCAGCUUUCCUUGGCCUUCGGCUUCGGUGGAUAACACCAUCCUUGAUUUGCACAAUUCUUCACAUCCUACUCAGCCUUAUUCACUACUUGCUAACUAUUCUCUUCCCAGGGACUUUUAAAACCCUUGUGGUUUUGUUCUCAUGUGUAAGGUCUGUGUAGUCACUUUGAUAUUGAUCUCAAUAUUUUGACUGCUUGUUGAUAUCAUUAGGAAGCUAAGUGGUCUAGAAUGGAUGUGAUCCUUACUUGUAAGAUAGUGUUGUGGUUGUAGGUGAUUGGAGGAGUUUGUUUCUUGUUGUUAAAUAAAUGUGCACUUGGCAGGGAUGCAACCAAGGGGGCUGUUCGUUUAUUAGCUGUGGAGGGAAGGGUAUGUGGAAAAAGCUGAGAAAAUUUUCAAACCAACCUCCACUUUAUUGAGGCUUUUUAGAAAUGACCCCCGAUUAAUUUACCUGUUGCAGAAGUGUCCCCCACCUAACUGCUGUGGAAACUAUGAAUAUAUAUACUGUAAGACCUAUUGAGCCGCUAUGAACAAAAUCUUUAUUCUAUGCGUGCCUAUGCGUAAAUAAAGAUUAUUUUCAUGAUGACGUGUUCAGCUGUGUUUUUCCUACGUGCUAAGUACCCAAAAAUUGUUGACAAUGAUGACAAACUUUCUAGCAUUUUUGUAAUUUAGCUUCUAGCCUCUUAAGCCAACAGCAAAAGUGGUGAAGAUGUUUUGCAAAUAAUAGAGCCUGAAUCAUUAAAAAGUCUAACAACAACAACAAUCUUUAUUUGCACUGACUCUUGCCCAAAAAUAAAUUACGACAAUGAAAAUAUUGAACGUAAAAAUUAGAGUACUGGCUGCCUGGGUUAACCAUGGUGGCUAGCGGAGCCAGGCAGCCAGUUGACAUCAGCUGUAAAUAGAAUUAAAUUACAGGUCAGCAAGAAAACUGAAGCACAAAUGCACACAUAAAAAGAAAAAAAGAAAAAAAAGAGAGAAGAGGAAAAAUGCUAUUUCUACGCUAUGAAAGAAGUCUAAAAUAGUUAAAUUUAUAUAUGAAUACAAAACAUUAAUAUAAGAAGAACCUGAAAAGGUGACAGAAUUUAACAAAAGACUACUUUGCAGGUAAUUUGGGAAACGACAAUAGCUAAUAAGAAUACAAGUAACUAAUAAUCUGAUUCCUUGAAGUUUAAAAUAGAGAAGGUUUUCAAAUUUUCGCAAGUUGAGUUCCACACUUUGGAGCCCUUAAAUCCUAUGUUAAAUAUUCCAUAAUUUGUUCGUACUUUAGGUAAAGUAUAGAACGUAUUUGAGGCAAUUCUUGUAUUAUAGUUAUGUGUUUUAUUGAGUUAUGUGAAUAAAGUAUCAAAUACAGAUGGUAGACGUCUAUUGUGAAAUUUAUACACAAAGACUUUGAUAUUAAGAAAGAUCUAGACAAGGUUAGGCAGAUUAACAAUAUUUAAGUGUUUGAAAAUUAGACUAGAGCACUUGCUCAUGAAAUACAGAUUUAGUUGAAACAUACAUGCACUUAUCGUCGAUUGAGACCCUUAAAGCAGUGGUUAUCUAUGGCUUAGAUUUCAUUCUUAACUCACAUUAUAGAGAGUUGUAUGAGAGGGAUAUGAACAUCAAUAAAUUAUGUCAGAGAUUCUAGUGUGAAAGGAGUCAAACAUUACAUUAGGAUCAGGAUUGGCAUGCAAUACACCUUUCAAGUCAACUGACUGGAUAUCUUGAAUAAGAGCAGAUUCAUCAAAAUUAUAAUAAUUUCUCUUGUAGAUCUUGACAUUGUUAGGUAAAGAAGUGAAUUUUUUAACAAUAAGGAAAUUAGGUAGAUGAUCAAUAAGAUCAUAAACAAUAUUCCCACUUCAGGUGAGGUGUUCCAAAGAAUUGAAGAAAAUGUUAUCAACUCCAACUCUUUGAGCAUUUAAAAGACUGGGUUGAAAAGUGAAUGAAUAACCUGGCAUUUCGAUAAUGGGUAAAAAACUUUGGUCACCUUUAAGCUUAAUCUCAGUGUCAGUGAGACUCAGACUAUUGAAAAAGGCAAUUAAUAUAACUCAGAUAGCAUAUGUUGCAAAUAAUCAAAAGUUGGCUAACAGGCACCUAAGAUUGCAGUGCAAAGCAGAAAAGCAUUUGUCAGAAAGAUAUUCGUUUAUACAAUGAUUAUCGUGAAAGUCAUGAGAAUUAUAGUACUGAAAACUCAAAUCACAGGAUAAGUGGAGAUCAACAAGCCUCGCCCAUUGUGUUGUUUCCUUAUACAAGGAGCUUCGCUUCACUCUGUCUCUCCUCACCCAGGUGUAUAAAUAGGUAACGACAACAUACUGCUGGGGGGUAACCCUUUGAUUGACUAGCGUCCCAUCCCGGGGGAAGUAGGCAAUAUGAUGCUUCAUGCUAAGGAAACCCCAGAUAAGCUCCGGCCAUUUGGGCCUUUGGCUCAUAUGCGCCUUUACCUUUUUUACAUUCAGUUAUUUCAAUUCAUGCUCACAACCCUCAAAGUUAAAGUUUUUGCUUGGUCGCCAUUGGCGACCAAAUCUUUUGGUUUAGGGAGACUUUGUUACAAAUCAAGUCGCCACCUUCAAAAUUUUAGGCGCCAUGGCAACUGAAAUGGUUGCAACUUGGAGCGUUGCGCUCCUGACUGCUUCAUAAGUCUACUUUUAUUAAAUUAAAUGACCUCCCCCAGCAGAAUAGCGAGCCCUCCCUUACAGCUUUAUGUCGUACUGUAAAAGUGAAAUGUCAUCCAAUGGUCUGUUUUCCUUUUAGGUUGUAACCAAAUUUAAUGAUGUUUCUUGUUCGUUGAUGUAUGAUGUCCUCCAUGAUGGAGACUACAGAAGAUGCUGGGAUGAAAACAUGGUAGAUUGCUACGAAAUUUGCCAGCUAGACAGAUGCAAUGAUAUAGGAUAUUAUUCCAGUAAGUUGACCUUUAUUACUUUAAAUCAGCUCUGGUGCAACGUCCCCCUUACUAGGGGCAACAUAGGGGCAGUUUUUGCAGCGAUGACUAUGACCACAUCAACAGUGUCAAAAAAGCAAUAGGUUUAAUGAGCAAUAGUCAGUAACUUCGCACAUGUUUCACACUUUUUGUACAUUUCUCUGUCAUCUCUGCAUCAUCUCUGUACACAUGAUUACAGAGUUGCGCUCUUUUAUGUGAAGUAAUUAUGGAGGACUCAAAUUUAUAAACUUAGGCAAAUUUUCCUUUCUGUUGUUCUUAAACUUAGAUAUUGUACUUUGUAGUCCAGUUGAUGUAUGACAGUUCAAUUCAAGGAACAUUCACCAACCUUGGAGAAAUUAAGCAGGCUUGAGCUAUUGUGAUAAAGUUUGAAGGUCAAAAAUGCACUUGAUGUCAAGCAGGCUUAUUUCUCAAACAUUAGCUUGUAAUUGAGCAUAAUUUGAUUAGUAAUGUCUUUACUGCCCUCGUCCUGGUUAUAUAUUUAAAGGCCCUAGUGUCUACAUUGUACAUCAAAGAUUCGUCGGAUCAAUUUAGGUGUCUUGGUAACUUUCCACCUACCCCUCUCCUAAACCAACAUUUUUCCCCAAGUGAGAAGUAAGUGUUAGAUAAUCUUAGCUUAGGGGAGGGGUACCCAAGUAGUUUCCCAGAAACCUUAAUUGAUCCGAUUCGUCUCUGUUAUGCUUGUAGGAAUUACAUGUAGCUUUCAGUUAAUCUUAAGAGUCAAGUUAACUUUCUUGGCACUCGUGGUGUGUUGUUUUUAAUUUAAUCAUUAUAAUGCUUUUUUUAUAUACCAGUCAAGUGUCCAAAACCAAUGAAAAACAGAGAUUUUGUGACCCAGAGGUCAUGGUCUUGGAAAGAUGACAACUUCAUUAUCUUUAACCAUUCCGUGCAUCACAAGGUAUGAAAGAAACAAGUAACUGUUUAGAUAACAUACUGUGCUAGUUAAAAAAUGUAGCAGCAUUAGGAUAGUUGAGGGAAAGGUUAAUCUUUGUAAAGGUAAUGGUCCUCAUUUAAUGUUUGUCACUUGUACCAGUACUCAUUAGAAUGACAAACCUGAGGACCCCCCCCCCCCCCUUACCCCCCCCCUUCUUUAUCAAUGCUCCAUUUUACAGAUAUUUAAAGUAACUUAAGGCUACAUGCAAAAUAUAGAAGGCGAAACAAGGAUUUUGAGGUCACAUGAGGGAAUCGAUUCAACUCAGAACCUCCUGCACAAGGCCACGCACAAAGCAAUUUUGGUUAUCCUUAUCUCAUCUAGGUGGAGAAUGUAAAUUAAUUUGGCCCUUGUAGACUUGCAGCAAUCUUCACAACCUUGGUGUGCCAAAAACCUUUAAAUUGAGACCAAAAAUGUAACCAAUGGAAUAGCCUGUGAGUAAGCUCUCCGUGGUGCUCUGUAGGUGGGGCAGGAAAAGGAAGGAGAGCUUGCAACUACACCUCUAGAAUUUGAAUUCCACCUCCAAUUCCCUUGUGGCUCCCUGUCGACUGGGCUGUCAGAUUUCCGCCAAUCAGCGCAAAGUGGAAAUGAGCCUGAAUGUUAACAAACAUUGAGAAACACGUGCAAGGGAUAAUGACGUCAUUACCAAUGUCAUCUCUGCCAAUCAGCAUAUUUCCGCAUUGACUUUUUCGAUGCAGAUAUUCAAAUUCCAGAGAUGUACUUUCAAGCUCUCCUUCCUUUUCCCACCCUGCCUCUAGAGUGCCCCAGAGAGCUUGCUCGCAGGCUACCCAUGAGAAUGCAAGAUACACGUACUGAUUUCCUUAUUUGAUGUCUUGAAAAAUGGAUGGCGAAGUCCAGUAGUCCUCCACUUGCCUGCAGUCAAUGUAAAACAAACAAUAGAGAGGAGAAGUGUGUAUUUUUGGAUUACAACAAAAUAUAAUUCACAAAGAAAAAACAAAAGAAAUUAAUAUUUAAUGAGUGUCUUUAUAUCUGAACUUUAUUGAACUUUAACAAAUACAAUUCUGCACUGUACAAGAUAUUAAUCAACAAAAUGUGUAGUGCAAUUUGCAGCUUCAUGAAAGUGUUGAUUCAUAUUAAUAAGACUGGCUGGUUGUUUAUGAGAGCUUAAAAACAAAAGAAAACUUCAAUUGGGUAAUCCCAAAAGUGGUCAUGGUUGCUUACCGCAGCAGUUGCUUACAAGAGCUUUUCAUUACAAAGUUUAAUUUACAGUUCAAAUGGGGUUUCACAAAGGUGGCUGUAACUAGAGCUGAUCACUUACAAUAGUGGUCACAAGGAGAGCUUUGACUGUAUUUGAAAAAUGCGGCUCUUUGCUUUUUAAAUUUUUUGGGCUAGUUUGUUAUUAGUGUCAGCAAUUUCAGUGAUUUUUGUUUUUGUUACAGAGCGCACCAGUAAAGAAAGGAUUUAUUCGUGGAUCAUCAAUUCUUAGUGGUUACUAUGUCCAAAAAAAGGGUGAAGGAUUGUCUCUUACUUAUGUAUCUCAAGUGGAUUUAAAAGGUAAUGCAGCUUUAACAUUGUUCAAGAUUGUUCUUAUUUUUCUUUACCUUCACCUUGGCAUAUCUUCCCUUAUUGAUAUGUAGAGGUAUGAAUUUAAUGGCAGGGGUAUUUUGCAGAAUGCUGAAUGGUCGCGGAACGCUGAAUGACUCUGAAUUUUAGUGAUUAGAAUAAGAAACUAAGUGAAACAGGUGCCAUUUAGAGUCAUUAUACUGGGCAAACUGACCAGAAACUUAGUUCACUCAGUUUCCUAACCCUAAUCACUAAACUUCAGAGUCAGUUGGCAUUCGGUGGCCAGUUGUCGUUCUGCAAAAUACACCCCUGCUGUAAAUUGGACUGUUAAGCAAGAAGUACAGUAUUGCUUAUGAAGAAGAGAAAUAAAAAAACCUUUGUCAACAUUUAAGCAUGGAUUUUUGGGUCCUGCUUGAGUUGGUGCUUUAUCAUAACACCUUAGAUUCCUGAAACUUCAUCAUUCAGGUUAUGUAAAAUUUAAAUGUUAUUUAACUAAGUAUUUUAGUUUUUACUUUCAUGUCUCUUUAGGAAAUUUGCCAAAGUGGUUAGUCAAUCGAGCAUCUACAAAGAUUGCUCCGAAGGUACAUUGUAUUGAUCAUGUCUUGUACUUUUUUAUUUUGACCUAAUUUUAAUAUUUUUAUACAGUGAAACCCCGCUUUACGGCCACCUCGGUAAUACGGUCACAUCGUUAUUACGGCCACUUUUUUUGGCCGCCUGGCAAAAACCGCCAUACAUUUUGUUGUAAAAAAACCCUUGUUUAUACAGGCAAUUUUUUUGGCCUAUUGGUGACUGUAUUAACGGGGUUGCACUGUACUAAGUUAAAGUAGCGUCAAUGAUAUAUUCAAUACCUCAAGCACAGACUUCUAGUGGCCAGCCUGCUUGUCAUGUACAAACUUUGUACAAUAAUGUACCUGAAUAGUGGUGGUUAGAGGACCGUGUCUUGUUUGGAGGUUGGGGUUUGAUUUUUCAUUUUUCUCUACAAUGUUUUAAUUAUAACACGUGCAAAAGACAUAAAUUGUACUUUAUUUUAACCCACUCGCCCAUGGAAAUUUUGUCAUAAACACUGUUUAUCUGCCCAAAACCUUGUGAGUGAGAAAUUGUAGGUGGGUAGGGACCCAUUGUCACAAAGAAGUACAUGUAUAAGGCUGCCAGUUCAGCUGAGGGGAGAAAAAAAAGGAGCGAAAUGCAUGGCCUCAAAUGACAGCCUGUAUUUUCUCAGGUUUUUCAAAUGGAAUGGCAAAAACCAUUAAAUUUUCUAGUAUUGAACUCAUGAUUUGUCCACUUAAAUGGUAGUUAAACUAGAGUUCUCCUUUGUUAAAUUCUCAGGUCAUAAAGAAUAUUCAUGAGGCUGCUCUUGAUUAUCAAGCAUGGAAGGCUGAGCAUGCUCCUAGCUAUAAACCAUGGAUCUGGCCUGAGCAAAGCAUUCUUCCAAAGCUUCGUCGUGACGACGUUGAGUCUGUUAGUAGUGAAUCUCCAAGUGGAUCUGAUCAGGAAGAAGAGAUGGUGGGUGACCCUGCAAACUCUUCCAGUGAAGACAAUUUGGAUGAAAAUAUAAUGCUCUGA